AAGGGACCAAAAUCCCUCCCAGAGUUAAUCCAUCAUUCAGAGAGAGGGCUGAAGAGAUCCACAUCCAGUGGCAUCAUCAUGAAUCUUUGCUUGGUCCUUGUUAUGUUGCUCGCUGAUGCUGUUUCAGGAAGCAUUGAAAAGAGGAUUGUUGGGAGCACAUCAUGUAAUAAGGACAGACAGUACCAUGUCCAGAUAGAGGCUGUUCAGGGGGGGAAAGUAUGUGGAGGGGCUCUGCUCGACACCCGCUGGAUCAUCACUGCAUCGCAUUGUGCAGAACAGAAUGUCAAAGUGGAGCUUGGAAAACAACUGCCUCUGUACAAGAAAAUGAAAUACUUAAAAAUUGUCAAGCAACAAAUCUCUGUGGAACAACAAUUUACUUAUAAAGACGAGGCAGGCAAUCCCCACGAUAUUAUGCUCAUGAAACUAAAUAAAGAUGCUCCCGCUCAAUUUCCAACUAUCAACACUCCCAAACCUGAAUGUAAGAGACCUGCGAUGGAACAGGUCGUUAACAUUGGAGGCAUGGGAUCCAAGAAAGCAGGUAAAAAACUGGAAAGCAGUGUGAGGUGUGCGAGCACAGAGAUCUCAGCAUGUGGUGAGAAUGAUAAACCUGACAGUAAAUACCAAAGUGAUGAGUCCACCACGAUGUGUGCCCACAAACCUGGUGUGGAGGCCUGCCAUGGAGAUGCAGGCUCAGCUGUGGAGUAUGACGGACUCUUACACGGGAUCAUUGUGAGCGAUCCAGUGGAUAAGUGUGCCAACUCCAUUGUGAUGCUGGACAUCUGCCACUACAUAGAAUGGAUCAAAGACACCAGGAGGAACAAUUAGAAAGGAAACCUGUGAAGGAAACCAGAGAUCUCCAACAAUAAUAUUUUAGUUCAGAUGGAUAACUACAUAAGACUUCUAAACAAGUCACUGAGUGUCGCUGACUGAAGAAAAAAAAUCCCCCCAAAACUAUUCAAGUAAAAAAAAUGAUUUCAAUGUAUUUUAUUCUGAAAUGUUUUAAGUCAACAUAAAGUGCCAUGAAAAUA